AUGGGUUCAGACUCCCAGACUGGCCUCGUGCUUGGCUACAAUGGCGUCCACCCAUUUUCCAAGGUAAACAUCACCGACCGAGCUUCGGUGCAAGAACUCCUGCGCACGCUGCUCGAUCCGCUCGAGCCCUUCUUCUCGCCCGCCAAGGCCCGGGUCCGCUGCCCCGGCGCCACGGCCGUGCGCUUUGACCAGACGGCGUCCGAGGUCGAGGGCAUAUGCCGGCCGCUCUGGGGCCUGGCCUGUCUGCUGGCCGGCGACGGCGAGUACCGCGGCGCCGAGUGGUGGGUCGAGGGCGUCAAGGCCGGAACCGACCCGGACAGCCCCGAGUACUGGGGCUACCCCCGGGAUAAUGACCAGAGAAUGGUGGAAAUGUGCCCGCUCGGCUUUGCUCUGGCCGUGGCGCCCGUCUUUUGGGAGUCCAUGAACGAGAGGGAGAGAGGCAAUGUGGAGGCUUGGCUGGGAAAUUCCAUCAAUGAGAAAAAUAUGCCCAACACCAACUGGCUCUGGUUUCGAGUCUUUGCAAACUUGGGACUAAAGAAAAAUGGAGGCAAGUUCUCACAAGAGAGGCUUGAUAGUGACAUUGAGCAUCUCAAUACCUUUUAUCGCGGUGAAGGGUGGUCCAAUGAUGGCCCCGAAGGCAUUCAUCAAAUGGAUUAUUACUCGUCAAGCUUUGCGAUCCACUUCCUCCAGCUCUUGUACGCCAAGCUGGCUGGUGAAGAAGACCCCGAACGUGCCAAGGAAUUCAAGAAGCGCGCUCAGGUUGCUGCACUCGACCUUGUGCACUACUACGACGAUGAAGGACGAUCCAUCCCAUUUGGCCGCAGUGUCGGCUACCGGUUCGCCAUGGUUUCAUUCUGGGGGGCUCUGGCGUACGCAGGAGUCGAUCUACCGGAGCCACUCACAUGGGGCAUGGUCAAAGGCAUUGUCCUAAGGCAUCUCCGAUAUUGGCAAACACAGCCUGAAAUCUGGAGCUCAAGCGGCACUCUGACGAUUGGGUACUCAUACCCAAAUAUGUAUAUGGCAGAAAACUACAACAGUCCGGGCAGUCCAUACUGGGCAUGCUUGGCAUUCAUCUGCCUAGCUGUACCCGCCGAGCAUCCGUUCUGGACAUCAAAGGAGGAGACUCCUCGAGAUCUAAUCCCCAAGGUAAAGGCGUUGAAACACCCAGGACAUAUCAUGAGUUACCUUGGAGGCCACUGCAUGCUCCUCUCGUCGGGCCAAGCCUGCAGCUACCCGAUGAAGGGCACGCACGCCAAGUACGGAGCGUUUGCAUACAGCAGCGCCUAUGGAUACUCGGUGCCGCCCGGUCUCUUCACCCUGGAGCAGUACGCGCUGGCGUCGCAGCUCGGCCUGUCGGACGACGGCGGCGAGUACUGGAAGACGCGGAGAAAGUCCGAGUACGCCGGGCUCGAGUCCCGAGGCGACGGCACCGACAAUCAGCAGCCCGUCUUGGUCUCGGUCUGGAAGCCCUACCCCGACGUCCAGGUCAAGAGCAUCCUGAUCCCGCCCCAGGAGGCGACGCCCAACUGGCACCUCCGCGUCCACCGGAUCGAGGCCGGCCGCGAGGUCAUGACUGCCGACGGAGCCUUUGCCAUUUGCAACCAGAGAUCCGUCGACGGGAGAUACCUCGACCCGUACGAUGCCGAAAAGGGCGAGGGCACGUUUCCCAAGAUCAUUGGCAACUAUGAUCUCAACACACCGGAAGGCUGGUCGCCGGGACGGCAGGGCGCCUUUGCCGUCUCCAAGGGCGCCGUGGGCAUCCGCGCCCUCGAGGACCAGGUUGAGCGCAGCGCCAUGCUGGUCAAUGCGGACCCCAACUCCAACCUGGUCGAGAGCCGCACCGUGAUCCCGACGCUGCAGCACACCAUCAAGCAGGGAGAAACUGUGUGGUAUGUCUCGGCCAUCUAUGCCAAGCCGUCCGCUGCGGACGUUCCAAAGAACAAAUAUCUGGAUGGAUGGGACAAUGUGCCUAAAAUCCCCGAGUGGCUCAAGGCCGAGAUGGGGGCCUAA